UCAUAAUCUCAUGUGGAUAUAGAGACUGAUAAAGACAAACAGAACUCCCACAAGACUUUGGUUACAUAUUCCUUGUGAAGGAAACCUUGGUUAUAUAACAACAUUGAAGACGCAAUUCUCAAACCUCUCUUGAACCCAAACUUCCAUUUGAGAUGAGGUGACUGGGGACACCCAUUCCUCUUAGCUGGGCCUACGCCUACCCUUUGUUUUUCUUCAGCUCGCGGUUCUUGGCCUAUUGACCUACCUGCAUCCAGGCGAAUGCUUUCUGUCGUUUCCUUAAACAAUUUGUCCCCAUAGCUUUCUUUAAUAAGAAACCGAGAACAUAAAUUUUAGCACUAGGAAAACGACCACUUUGUUCACAUUUGGCUUUCUAGUAGCCUUUUCACCUCCCAUUUCUACACCAUGUGAUAGGAGUGUGGCUUAUAGUGGAAUCUGGAACGGCUUUUCUCUUCCUUCCAUCUUAGUCACCACAUUUCAGGGGAAAACAUUAACUCUGAGAAGAAGGAAAAAGGAAGAAAUAAUAUCUGGGUUAAUUUCAAUUUCAGGUUCUGAGGACCUGGGGGUCGGUCUGUUUACUAUCAUAUUGGGGAAAACCCCAAUCUUGUGAUGGGGUUUGGAGGGUUUAUCAUGGGCGAAUCGCCAAGAGCCGCAGUGACAGCCUGUAGACACAACCUCUCCAAGAGCUUGCUGGAUAGAAGAGAAACUGGAAGCUCUCAGGACACGGAGCACUCAAAUGAUUGCAUCAGGAGUAAGAAGAAACAAUCAUCUAACUCCAAGGCCCAAAGUUCACUUAGGAAAGAUAUAAUGAAACUCGAGAAAAGAUUGCAGGACCAAAUUGCUGUUCGGUGUGCUUUGGAGAAAGCAUUGGGGUAUAGGUGUACAUCCCAGGAGACCACUAAUGAAAUUUCAAUUCCCAAGCCAGCCACAGAACUGAUUAGAGAGAUAGCUGUACUAGAGUUUGAAGUUGGGAACUUGGAAAAGUAUCUCCUUUCACUAUACAGAAAAGCAUUUGAUCCUCAAAUCUCAACCGCCUCUUCACCUCCCGGAAAUGAUGACAAAAUAAGAUCUCCAGUAAGCACACCAAGAAAAAGGCUUGAUUUUUCAAAUCAAGAAGAUGGCUUGAUUUUACAGACAAUAUCAGACCUACACAAUGAAAGCAAUGGGACAGAAGAGGACAAAAUUUCAGAUUCUGCUGUUAAGCGGAGUCAUUCCUCACUGUCGAGCAGAAAUUCCCCACCGCAAGAAAAAGCCAUCCAUGCUUUUCAUUCUCAGCCUCUAUCUAUGAUGGAGUACUCACAGAAGGCUUCUUCGCACAUAGUCAGCCUGGCAGAGCAUCUUGGAACCCGAAUCUCUGACCAUAUUCCAGUGUCACCAAACAGCCUGUCUGAGGAGAUGAUUAAGUGCAUGUGUACUAUAUACUGCAAGCUUGCUGACCCACCAACAACAAAUCAGGGCCUUUCAUCCCCAACAUCAUCUUUCUCCUCACUAACUGCAUUUUCUCCCAAAGAUCAACGCGAAAUAUGGAGUCCGGUGUUUAGGAAUGGUUCGUCUUUUGAUGUCAGAUUGGAUAAUCCUUUCCAUGUUGAAGGGAUGAAGGAAUUCAGUGGACCUUAUACCUCAAUGGUUGAAGUACAAUGUGUGUAUAGAGAUCAUCAGAAACUUAGUGAUAUUGAGCCUUCUUUACAGAACUUCAAGUCACUUAUAUCCCGAUUAGAAGAAAUGGAUCCUGGAAAGUUGACCCACGAGGAGAAACUUGCAUUCUGGAUUAACAUACACAAUGCAUUGGUGAUGCAUGCAUUUCUGGCAUAUGGAGUUCCACAGAACAUCAUGAAGCGAUCCAUCCUGCUCUUAAAGGCGGCAUAUAAUGUUGGGGGGCAUGUAGUAAGCGCAGAUGCUAUUCAGAAUGCUAUUCUCGGGUGUCGAGUGCCUAGAUCGGGACAGUGGAUUCGCUUGUUGCUUUCAUCAAGAGGCAAGUUUAAGGCCGGGGAUGAGCGGCAGGAAUAUGUGAUUGAGCGAUCAGAACCACUUGUUCAUUUCACAUUGUCUUCUGGCAACCAUUCAGAUCCUGCGGUUCGAGUAUACACAGCUAAAGGAAUAUUUCAAGAACUGGAAACAGCAAAAGAAGAGUAUAUAAGGGCCACAUUUGGAAUGAGAGGUGACCACAAAAUCCUUUUACCCAAGAUUGUAGAGUCCUUCGCCAAGAAUUUGGGCUUGUGCUCAUCUGGUAUAAUGCAAGUGCUCCAACAGUCCUUGCCCGAAUCCCAGAAGAAGUGCAUUCUAGGGAAGUCACGCAAGAACAUCGAAUGGGUUCCUCAUAAAUCCGCUUUCCGAUAUCUCAUACCAAAGGAGCUGUCUUAGCUAGUGGUUGUUCUUGCCAAGAUGUUAGGGAAGGUAUAUAUGUAUUUUUCCAUUGAUAGAAUGGAGAUGUAAUUUGUAGGAUGUAAGAAUGGAUAAUUGUUUUGGCACUGGAUGUUCUAUUGUGAAAGUUUUUACUUUCCUAUUCUUUGCCAUAUUGCAUAUCUGAGAGUCUGAGACUAUCCACCUUUUCAUUUUAGGGCAGUAUGUUAAAUGUGUUUAAAUUAUUUGCGUUGUUCUAUUA